AUGGCGUCGACCUCUCCGCGCCGCUCCUCCGGCGGGGACCCACCUUCCCCGUCCACGCCGCUCAUUUCCUCGCCGACCUCCCCGGCGUCCGGCCCCUCCGGCGGCGGCCCGCUGGGGCGGCUCACGAGCCUCCGCGGCGCGGCGCGGUUCAUCCGCCGCACGGGGAGCCGGCGCCUGAUGAGGGAGCCCUCCGUGGCGGUGCGGGAGACGGCCGCCGAGCACCUCGAGGAGCGCCAGACCGACUGGGCCUACUCCAAGCCCGUCGUCGUGCUCGACAUGCUCUGGAACCUCGCCUUCGUCGCCGUCGCCGCGGCCGUCCUCGCCACGUCGACGGGCGAGAGCCCCGCCGUGCCGCUCCGCGUCUGGAUCGCGGGCUACGUGCUCCAGUGCCUCCUCCACACCCUCUGCGUCACCGUCGAGUACAGGCGCCGAUGCAGGGACGCGGACCAGGAGGGAGCGGGUGAUGACGGUUUCAAGCUCAGUAUUGUGAAGCACUUGGAGUCUGCAAACACGAUGUUUUCGUUCAUAUGGUGGAUCGUUGGGUUCUAUUGGGUGUCUGCAGGUGGUCAAGCUUUAUCACAUGAUGCUCCUCAGCUUUAUUGGCUGUCAAUUGUUUUUCUGGCAUUUGAUGUUUUCUUUGUGGUCUUCUGUGUUGCCUUGGCUUGUGUGAUUGGAAUCGCUGUUUGUUGCUGCCUUCCCUGCAUUAUUGCUAUCUUAUAUGCUGUAACUGAUCAGGAGGGAGCAUCUGAAGAUGACAUAAACAACCUUUCCAGAUUCAAAUUUUGGACAAUGAGUGAUGCAGACAAGCUAGCUGCCGGCAUUGCAGCACCUGUGGGUGGAGUGAUGACAGAGUGUGGUACCAAUCCUCCUGUCGAACAUAUUCUUUCAGCUGAGGAUGCAGCGACAAGGCGUGGUCGAGGGCCUAGGCAUCGGGGUCGCCACGACCUUAGUGUGUAUGGCAUCCGCCUCAUAGGAUUAGGCGCGUUUAGGCGCGAAUGGCAUCAGGCGGAUGCCUACAGCCGCCCUGGACGCCGGAUGCCGGCCGCGGGGGAAGGGCGCCAAAAGGAGUGCGGCCCCGCGGGAAAUCGACCGCGCGCCCGCGGGGAAACUGAUAGCACAAUGGCAAGUCCAUCUUCCAUCAUCAGCAAUUAUGAUCCCAGGACUGAUUUAGCUCGGAAGGGAAACUCUGUGGAUCCAGGAUGGAAGUAUGGGUACUGGCCAAACCUUCAAGACAGAUGUGGUGGCAUGCACUCUAUGUGGUGCCUCACUUACCAGAGGGAUAAAAAGGCUGAAGAAACAUCUGGCGGGUGGCUUUGGAGAUACAAGGAAGUGCAUGAAAACUACCACUGCAAUUAG